AUGAAAAUCACUUUAGUAAUUUUAGGUUUAAUAGUUUUAAAAUUAGUUAAUUGUAAUGUGACAAAUAGAGUUAAAGACGUGGAGUCUACCACCGGUUUUUCGACUAAGGAGAACAGUGCACCGAGAGAUACAAAAGAAGUGACAGAAAGGACUCACAAAGAUAGUAAAAAGGAAAAUAAAGAGUACGUGUAUUUGGAGAAUGUGUUGUAUGCGUUGAUCCAUCAGAAUUGGACGGAAGCGGAGCAACCCUGUUUGAAUCAGACGUUGCGUUUGAUUCACAGUCUUCAGAACUUUACAUUGUGGGCGGUGUGGGAUUGGGAUUCUAUAGCAUCAGAGCCACUGGGUCUUCUGUACGGUAACCGUUACCAACUGGGCAACUUCGAUGAGUGCCUGUACCCGACCUGGGCCAAAGAGAACCCGGAACUGAAGACACAGUACUGCCUAUCAGAAAUAGUGCUAGAAAGAACUGACCACUCCGUGAAAAGAAGAAACAAAAGUUACGACAAAACUGAGCCUUACGGAUCUGCGCUUGAUCACUUUAUGCGUCGGGUGACCCACUCACGGCCAAUAAACGAGCUGACCUGGGGUGUGUGCGUCCCUGCGAUAUGCUCGCCACUCUCUGUAGAAAGACUGUUGGCCACGAUGCUCGCGCGCAGUCACCUCGCAGCGACGGGAAUGAAGCCCAGGAUAGCGGUUAAGGAGAAGUGCCAGACAGCCGAGCCUUUGGAGUUUGAUGGACUGUUUUAUGCAUUUGUGAUUACAACAGCAAUUUUAGCGUUAAUAUGUCUAGUAUCGACUUACAAACAUUGCAGAGACCAAAGUUCAAAUCAAGAAACAAACGUGGUGAUAAAAUCAUUUUGUUUAAAAGAAAAUGGUCAAAACCUAUUGGAAAUGAAGAAGGAGGGUGCUGAAGUUCUCUACGGAAUACGAUUCUUGACAAUUUGCCUGAUAGUUCUGGACCACCAGAUCGGCAUUCAGUAUGGAGGACCGAUAAGCAACGGACUUUCUGCAGAUGGCGAGGUCUACUCUGUUAAAGCUCUACUCAUCCUUCAUGACGACUUGUUUGUGGACACAUUCUUCUUCCUGUCAGGAUUCUUGUUGGCGACGACCCUGGCUAGAUUCAAAAGAGUUCCGAACAUUUUUAUUCUUAUUUUAAAAAGAUACAUAAGAUUAGUGGUAGCGUUUGCUGUAGUAAUAUUUUACAUAUGCGCUGUGUUCCCGUACACUGGCUCGGGACCCCUAUGGAAUAGGGCCAUCGAAGGCGACACUGACAAAUGUAAGAAGACCUGGUGGAUCAGUCUUCUGAUGCUGAACAAUUACAUUGAUACUGAAAAUAUUUGUCUAGUUGUGUCCUGGUACAUCGCAAGCGACUUCCAUUUCUUCCUCGUGACUUUGAUCAUCUAUUGCAUCUACAAAAGGUACCCAAAGAUUGGCAUCACCCUUGGUAUAGGGGCUUGCGUAGCCUCAAUCAUUGCAACAAGUGUCAUUAAUUACGUUCACAAACUGACACCUGUACAGCUUUUUACGUAUCAAUUUGUAGCAGACAUCCGUGGCAACGAGCAGUUCCACCUUACAUACAUCAAGAGCCACACUCGGUACCCCCCUUACUUUAUAGGGUUCCUCAGUGGGUUCCUCUUCAUACGAUACAAGACUUCGGCCAACAAUAUAAGGAUACCACAGAACUGGUCAAUAAUUGGUUGUCUGACCGGCUUACUGAUAAUGUUUGCUGUGAUGGUAGACGGCGUGACCUUUCUCUGGCGCGACUACCACCCGGCAGAGGGCGCUCUGUACGCGGCCUUUAAUAGGCCUGUGUGGACGUGUGGACUAGCCCUAAUGUUCUUCUGCCUGGCCUUUGGAAGAGUUCCACUAAUCGAAGGGUUCCUGUCAUGGUACCCAUGGGUCCCACUGAGCCGACUGGCAUACGGUCUCUACUUAACUCACUCUCUAUUCAUAGCAAGAAACGUGUUCUCUACUAGAAACUCUGUUUACUACGAUGACCAGAAUGUGUUAACUGUGGCAACAGGCAUCAUAUUUUGGGGCAGUAUAAGUUCAUUGCUUAUCUGGCUGCUUGCUGAAGGACCGAUCAACAACCUUGUUUUGGCAUUAUUUUCAGUUCCCUCAAAAAAAAAAGUAGUUCCUGAUGUAAAAGACCAUGGAAUUAAUUCUCAAACCACCGCUGUGGCGACGAUAGCAAAUAGUUCUGGAAAUUUUCAUGAUAAUUUACCAUCCGUCGUCUGUUUCUCAAAAAUGUAA